AUGCAACAAAUUGAACUUAUUUUAUUAUUAGUAGUAUCGCCGCACUUAAUUGGUAAUGUUGUUUUUGCCAAACAAGAACCUUUCGUCACACCACAUACUUGUAUAACCGAUUGUGAAAUUAAGCAACACUCAUUUACGGACGAACUCGAUUUGUCUACACAAUGUAAUGAACGUGCUAAUCACACGAACUGUCGUGUUCGGUUAAUAAUAGAUUACACAGCACAGACAACGGACAUUAUGUUUGAGCCAAAUGAUGAUAAUGCUGAUAUAAUUUCAGUUCGAUCGAUAUCAACGGCAGUAUGGUGUAAUGUUAAAAAAAUUCAGACAACCAUUGACUACAUGUGUUCGCAUUCUCAUGAAUGUGAGAUAAAAUUUGUUCGAGAAGCACUUCGAAAUUUUACCCAAUUAAAUCACGAGCCAUUCCGAGUGAAAUUAACCUCAGUGCUGUAUGAUAAUAAUUCAACUAAACCAUGGUUAUGCUACGAUAAGAGCAUGACACCGAUCACAUGUAACACAAGACCAUGUUAUGCAAAGUUAAAGAAUCAGGCAAGAUCAUGUGGUACAACGCUUUUGGGAGUAGAUUUUACAUCAAUCGGAUUACUUAUAGUACAACGUGAAUCAGUGCCGGGGGUACCGGGUGAAAACGAAACACAAUACGCUUAUCUUUGUAACAAAAAUUAUUGUAAUGGAAACGUUACAGAUGAAGACGUUGAACAAUUAUUAACAAGUGAUUUCACCUGGACUCCUUUACUCGCUACAAAUGAUAGUUGGAGGAAAGGAAUGGUAUCGUAUUACUUCUUACUAUGGUUUAUUUUGAUAAACAACAUUCAAGGUCUUUUAUUUGAGAAUGCUAAACACCUUCAAUGA